AUGGCCCAGGUGAGUGAUGGUGAUGGUAGCGCUCGAAGGACACGAAAAAGCACCCCUGCAUUGGAAGGCAAUGUCCUAACCACUGGACCACCAGGGAAGUUCCCAAGAUCCAGAUUCUUAGGGGACAGUCAUUUUGAUGGCAGUGAGGUAGGAAGAGAGGAAACUUGGAACAGGGUGCAAUCAGUUGAGUCCGGGGCUGCGAGAGGGCUCUGGGCAGCUGGGCAAAGGCUGUGUGUCUCUGCAGGUGACGACUCCAUCAGCACCUUGGGCCUGAUCCUCUGCGUGGGGCUGUCGCUGCUGCUCGUGUCCAUCCUGGGCUACAGCCUGGCCAAGUGGUACCAGCGCGGGUACUGCUGGGAGGGGCCUAAUUUUGUCUUCAACUUGUACCAAAUCCGGAACCUGAAGGAUCUGGAGAUGGGUCCUCCCUUCACCAUCAGUGGCCACAUUAGCAGUUCAGACGGAGGCUACAUGAAGUUCUCAGACAGGCUGGUCUGAUGAAGGGAGUGUCAACUUUCUGGAGCCCCAGAGAGGAGGAGGUUCCUGGCUCAGAAUCCACCCCUCUUGGGCUUCCCCUGCCUUCAACCCCUGGGUCUUCAAGGCCUGGCCUGGCCCCUCUUGUGAACAUUGAGGAGUCUUCUUUUGGGACACCCCAGCCUGCAGCAUGAGAGUCCCCGGGAGAGUCAGACCUCUGGGAACAGAGUCUGUGACGUCACAGCGGCUUUCUCACAGAAACCAAGAGAAGGCCAUUUCCUGAGGAGGAGGGGCUGGUUCCUGGGGGGCCCCUGAGCCUGUGGCCACAGGUUCCAGGUGCCCCGGAGAGCAGAGCCCUCCCAGCUGGGCGGCGUGGGUGGGGCUUGGAGAUUCCAGAGGGGAGCUCUCCAUUGGGCAUCCCCAGCCACUUCCCCUGGGGGACUGACACCGGGGCCAGAAAACCUGUCAUAGCCUCCACAGGCAAAGUCAUGUGGGAGGAAGAGUCAUUCCAGAUGCUUUUAAACCUUCCUACCAUAAGCCAACUUCUCCUGAGAGCUGUAUACUGAGCUUAGGCCUUGACUCUGCCCUGCCCCCCUCUGCCCUUGGUUCUGGCACUUUCUGCAAGUCCCCCCACCUCACUACCCAACCCCUCAUGCCCUCCCACACAUCUGUCCACCACCUGUGUCUGUUUCCCUUGCUACUGACCAGCCUCUGUGCCUCCCAGACAAUGUUGAGGGCAGUGCUGAGAACAGUCUAGAAACAAAUUCUUAUUUUUAGGUUCCUGUGAUGGGGAGGGCCUGGUGUAGAUAGCUGUCUCUCCCAUGUACUCCAUUUCCUGUGCAAGGCCUGCCUUCUAAUGUGGAAAGUGGACCAGAAAUGGUGAGAAUGGGGUAAGAGGAACAUAGAUUAGCCUGAAAUAAACCAGAUAAUGCACAUGGGAAAUCAACAACCAGGUAUAGCUUAGUGGACAGGAGAACAGUUUGUUCAUGAGUCAUUACUCCUUCCUCCAGUCUAUACCCUACUGGACCUGAGGUGGGGCCCAAACUGGGAUGUCAGCUUGCAUGCUAAGCUGCCUCAGUUGUGUCUGACUCUGUGUGAUCCAUGGACUGUAGCCUGCCAGGCUCCUGUUCACGGGAUUCUCCAGGCAAGAAUACUGGAGUGGGUUGCUGUUUCCUUCUCCAGGGGGUCUUCCCAACCCAGGGAUUGAACCUGUGUCUUCUGCAUUGGAAGACGGGUUCUUUACCACUAGCACCUCCUGGAAAGCCCCGGGAUGUCAGUUUAGUAGGUACUUUAUGCAGCAUUGUUCAGUCCAGAGGGACUGAAUUCCUGAGGCAGCUGUGGAUGGAGCAGGGUCUAAUGGGGGUCCUGCCACUGGUGAAAAUAGCAGUUAGAGCUACCAGCCACGGGUCUCCCUCACGAUGUCCCAGAACAAGGCCAAUAAUAUACAGAGGCCCAGGACCAUAAUAGGUGAAGAGAAAAGUCACAUUUGUCCUCCUGUCCUCUCUUUUCUGAAGCCUGGUUUCUUUCUUGUUUUGGAUUUUAACAGAUUGACUCGCCAGGGCCUGGGGGCCAUUCUCCCGACAGAGCCAGGUUACAACUUAAUAAGCCAAGUCUCUGUCUUUGGAGGUCUUUGGCUGGGCCCCAACUCCUCUAUUCCUGGGUAGGUGGAGGUGGGGAGGGGCCCCCCUAGACUCUGGACCCCUCCCUUCCUCAAAGGUCCAUUGGGAGAGGUGCGGGGAGGGGCUACGGGCUGACGUGGUGCCCUUCCUCCUUGCAUUUCAGUUCUGAGGGCUGAGCACCAUUGCUUAACCCAAGGGGGUGUCCAGUAUCAGUAAACGCUCAGCUGCGCCCUGCUCAGUGUGGAUCCUGGGUCUGCAGCCCUGGCAGGGCCUUCCUAACCCCUGAAAGUGACCUGGGGAAACUGCAAAGGCUAGGGUCCUGGGCCCAGGUGGUCUUGGCCCCAGGUUUGAUGGCUGCAGGUAGGGAGACAGGGACAGCUGCCCUAGGCUGGGAGAAUGGAGGGUAUUUCCUAUCCUGGGGAGCGGAACUGAGACUCCGCCACUUCCUCUUUUUGGGUCCUCUGACGUGUUCCCUGUCCUCUCUGCCUCCCCCUCGUUUUCCUGACUUCCGUUGUCUGACUGGCUAGUGCAGCUUUCUUUACCCUGGACUCUACAUGUUUCUGUUGGGGGCAGAUUCUGGCUCAUUCAGAAAUGGCGAGGGAGCAGAUGUCUAGAAAUCUGGCUCCAAGUCUGGUUAUUUGCUGGGCACCUUGACCCAUGGCGAUGCCAGCACCGCCCCCGCCACCCAGGUCCUUCCCUUCCUCCUAACUUUUCUUCACCUCCCUGGCCCCAGAAGCCAGGAGGCAGUCAUGGAGACGCCGCAGUUCUGUGGACUGGCCAUUGCCAGGCCACUGACUGUCACCCUGUUCCUCUUUGGAGUCUUUGCCAAGGCUGUUCUCCUGCCUAGAAUGCCUUCUCCCCCCGACCCCCACCCCCGGCCACAUCUAAUCUCCAUGGUUGGCUCAAGUCUCAUCUUUCCUGUGGCUUCCCUUGGACUCUAGACUUGAUGCCACCCGAGCAGGCAGGGUUAAGUCCCGCAGGUUUUUAGUAACCAUUAAAAGUGGAGUCAAUAGGAGGUGCUUAAUAAAUGCCAGCUGAGUGGAAGGAAACACCCACUGUGGCCACAGAAGCCUGCCUGGUGCUAGAGAAGGAUGCCCAGGUGACAUGAGGAAGAGAAGAAACUGCUUAUACAGUGCAGAGUCUGCAGAGUGCGGUGCACUUCCA